CUGUAACAACCGAGAAAGGAGAAAACCCGGAGAUUGUAUGAAAGAGGCGGAGGCUAUGUGACUUUAUUUGUACACGUGACUGCAGAUGACGUCAAGCUACAGGCUCUAUACCACCUUCGCCUUGCGCCCAAACUCGAGACAAUGCGGCGCGGGCUCGACAACAUGCAACCCAACAACUGUGGCUGUCGGCCAAGCCCACGGACGGAGAGUGUCCGAGUACUCAGGAGAGGAGGGGUGGGUUACGAAGAUGAUGGCCUCUCGAGAUUUCCGCCAGUUAACCCGACCCGAGUCAGCCAGGCUGACCACGCCCUGGUCUACCCAAAAUUCCAGCACGGCUGUGAGAACCGCCGGUCCGACAGUGACGAAGCGGUUUUUACUUCAUCCAGCUACAGAAAGCCAUUGGAAUAUCAGGCUUAUCCUAGUUAUCGUACCUAAUCAACUCUUCAAGCGAAGAGUGCACCGUCAUUUGUCAGUUUUGCUGAAGGGCAGUUUGCUAUCAACCGCGUCGAUCGGUCCCACCUACGUCAGCCGUACCGACCGGCGACACACGCGGUCAAUCCGACCUGCUUCAGUUGUACAGACCGGCGAGACACGGGCGUGCCCAGAUACCCCGCACGAUGAAUGGUUUCGAUUGUCAGCCUUUGCUGCGGCAACCUAUGUACGCAUCCAUAGAGAACACACCAAUCCUCUUCUACGUCGAAACCACACACAUUCUGUAUUACACAGCUUCCGAAUACUUGACCUCACCGCGACAACACAGCUAUGCACAGAGCCAGUGAGCUGUUCCUCAAGGCCAAGCGCGUUGACAAGGCGGUAGAAUGCCAAAUUGCCGCUGGGAAUCAUCUAGCAGCCUCAGAACUUUUGGCUAAGCAUGGAAAAUCACAACGCGCCGCUUGGGCUUUCAUGGAUGCGAAUGCACCUAAACGGGUGCUGAGGGUAUACGUUGAUAUUGCUGACCACGAAAAAGCUCUGGCUACCUACUUCCAUUCCGGGCUCUUCGCCGAUGUGG